GGUUGGUAACGCAAUGACGCUAAUUCCGUUUCCAAGCACACUCCAUCCAUCUCAAACAGAGGAGGAAUUUCCAGUUAGCUCGGAGUGGGCUAACAUCUAGUUUUAGUGCUAAUACAAUCAGGAGGGUGUUGUAUGCCUCCACUGCUAGUCACUUUACAACGAACAUUUUGCAGUGUACGUUAACGUUAGAAACUCCUUGGUUACACGAGUGCUUGGAGUAGAAAACAUAAUGGGUGAUUUUGGUUUCAAUGAGCAUCACCAGAAUGAAGUUGUCAACUAUAUGCGCUUUGCCCGUGCCAAGAGGACCUUGAGACUCAAGACCAUUGAUUCCUGCUUUCAAGAUCUGAAAGACAGUCGGCUGGUGGAGGACACAUUCACAGUGGACGAGGUGACUGAGAUGCUGGACGGUCUGCAGAUGGUGGUGCGUGGGGAGGUGGACACGGAGCUGCUGAACAUGGCCCACACCAAUGUGCUGCUGCUGCGCCAGCUCUUCUCCCAGGCUGAGAAGUUCUACCUUCGGCUGCAGAGUGACAUCUCCGAGCUGGAGAACAGGGACCUUCUAGAACAAGUUGCUGAGUUUGAGAAGGCAGAUUUCAAAUCUGGCAGUAAGGAGAUCAACAGACCAAAGUUAGCCCCACUAAAUGAAGGUGGAGUGUCAGAACUGCUGAACAAGGAAAUUGGAAGACUCCAGGAGGAGAACGACAAGCUGAAAGCCAGAUUGCGAACUCUAGAGUCUCAGGCUACGAGUGCUCUGGAUGAGCGGUCCAAGGCAGAGAGAGCCUUGAAAGAUCUGCAGGUGACCCAGGGGGAACAGCAGUAUACUGUGCAGUCGCAGGAAAUUAGCAGCCUGGAGGACACUGUGGCCUCCCUGCAGGCCGAGUUUCAGAAAUCUCUGAGUGCCAAGGAGGCCUCUCAGCGGGACCUGCAGGAGAACCUGGUGUCGGCCAAGCAUGACCUGCUGCGUGUGCAGGACCAACUGGCUCUGGCUGAGAAGGAUCUGGACAGAAAGUUCCAGGAGACGGCAGCAUACCGCAACAUGAAAGAGAUUCUGUCCAAGAAAAAUGAUCAAAUUAAAGACCUACGGCGGCGCCUACAGAAGUACGAAUCAGAUGACUGAACAGGUACCAGUCAAGACUCCAAGAAGGGACAGACAUCUCUUCAUGAAAACUACAAGUUACUUGUUUGUGGAGUUUGACUCCAAAACUCAAAACUCAGUUGACUUUGGGCUUUGGGCUAUGAGAAGAAGAAAAAAAGGGCUUUUUAACAAUGACAUGCAAUUGAAAAGGAACUCAAUUGUUGAAAUAUCUGAAUAUGUAUACGCUUUCUAAGAACAAUGCAGCUCAUCAAUCACAAUCCUGCCUAUAACAAGAGCAGCUUUCUCUGGUGAAAGGAGCCUCUGUAGAUGUUCACCUCUUUUAGACCCUUGCAACCAGGUGUAGUGAAGACGUAGAUGAAGGUGGAGGAAAAGGCACCGUUUUCGCUUACAGACACACUAUUUUAUUUUUACUUUUGUUGACGAUGCAGACACCACAUCUUACCUUUCUGUGAAUCUCUGCGGAAGUUUUUUUUUUUAAAUUCUAGCUGAAAAGCACUUUGCAAGCACUAUCAUGCCAGUUGGGGAGGGAGGGUAUUAUGUUUGAGUGGGAACAUAGUAGCCUCAAGCCCCAUUUGACAUAGGGAACAUAUUUCUGUGACAUAGUCAUUUAUUGUCUCUUACUAGCCUUUACUCUAAUGUUCUGUAUCUCCACAGAAAAGCAGUUUUAUCAUUCCAUGUUUUUUUUCUGAUUUAACAUGCUCACUUGUUUAAAUGGCUAUUGGUAGCUGUGUAGCUAUGCUCACUCUUGGCCAAAGAUGACUUUCCAUGUGUCAGUUCUAGGCUGUGCUGGGGUGUGAGAUUUCACACAUGUGGAAGAGAAAUUGACUUGUUUUUAGUUUCCUCUCAGUCAUCAACAGAAAGGGAGGGGGCGGUCAUGCUUGUUUCCCUUGUUAACCCCUUUUCACAGAUGUAUGAGUACUCUUUUCAGAGAUUCAUUGAUCUGUAAAGAAUAGAUUGUAAUGAAUGAUUGGAUUCCC